UUCUUUGAUUACACAAACUUCCGGUUAAAUACACCGCGAAGUUUCAGCAGUGUUGACAUACGAUGAAGAACGAUUGACGUUUGUGAUGUCUGUUGAUCAGCGAAACACACAGUUUUGUUUGGAGACAGCUACUGUUGGUGCUGACGUUUUGUGCGAGUUCCUUGAGGUGUCGAUCCACUCCAUCCUCUACCUACGGGACCUGUAUCCACGUGGUGUAUUUGAAAAAAGGAAAAAGUACAAUGUCCCUGUACAGAUGUGUCUCCAUCCUGAUGUCUGCAAGUAUGUGGUCAAUAUAGUGGACAGUGUUCAUCGACUGAACCAGCUCAACCAGGUGGAGAAAAUUGCCAUGGUCAUCUUGGGACCUGACCACCGACCUCUGGAGAGAUUUGUGAUAGAGAUAGGGAGACACUCGGACAACAUGAAAGGGGAUGACCGCUACCUGUACCAGCUGGAGCAGUCUCUGCGUGCCUUCCUCCUCAAGCUGAACGUCAGUGAUGCCCUUCUACAGCCACUUCCGAAAGGUACAGACUGUACAUGGGCAAUCCAAGUAGAAACAACCGAAUCAGCAGCUGAUAGCAUCAACGACAAACAGAUGGUACAGGGAUUUCCGUGGGUGGAAGCUGAGGGAAGAGAGACAACACUGGACGAGCCAAACAUUAUUCCACUGAGGGCAGUUACCUCUGACUUCAUAAAGAUGCAAAUGUUUGUAGAAGAAACCACGAAAAAAAGCUGACAGGACUCAUGAUGUUACAAAAAUUUCCUGAGAACUUGUGUUGAGAUCCGAAGUAUUGUAUUAAACAGUACAUUACUACUCAAAGAAGAUAUGCUGGUCUGAAGGAUUUGGGCCUCUCAUGAAAUCUAUAUCUUGCUCCUUUGAUCAUGUCACUCAAGAUGAAGAAUCAGUCAGAACCAUACCAACAUGACAUACUUAACAAAGAAAUUCCGAGCAGAAUGUAGACUAGCAGCAGACGACAACUACAGGUCGAUCGAGGCCUAUUUGAUCUUUUACGAUAGUGGAGCACUACCAUAAUUUAACAGGUGUUUUAGCUGCAGAUACAAAUAAAAGACAAGAAUUUCACUGUUAAUAAAGAAAAAGCUGUGUCAGUUACAAAGAAUUUUACAAAACAAUCUUCUUCGUAAAACCAUAUCAAUUGGAAUUAUUUAUAUGAUCACUUCCAGUUUUCGACAGCUAAAAUGGUCUAAGGAACACAUUUUCUCUUUAUGUCACAUUCCUGUUAAAAUCAUGUUUUCUUCUGACAAAUGAGAAGUGAUAUUAAGCAAAAUCUACUCAACUACCAUGCGACAGAAUAUCAGGGGUAUAAUUUGUUAGAUACGUCAUAGUAUCACGUCAUGGAAUGGUAUCAGUAACAGUUGAUUCAUUGCCAGUCUUUGAAAUUGUUACUGUUGACUGUGUGCAUUGUAGAACUUGGAAAAAUUGUUAAAGAAAAGAAGUUCAUGAAGUGACUGUAACUUUAUUUAAUAUUUAUUAUAUCAUGAUCUGAUAUUGAAUGUCAUUUUCACAAUUCCUUUGAAGUUUUAUACCCAAGGUUACAAAGGAUCUGACAUAAGAAUUUGUUUUUGUUGACAUUUUUUGUAAUUACAUUGAUUUGUUGAUGAAAUAAACUGCAGUGUUUUGAUAUGACAAUCAGAACACAUGUUUAUAUAUAAUAAACACUUGCUGUUACUUGAUGACUUUAAUUUCUAAAGCAAAAUGAAUAUUCAUAGGCAAUAACAAACAAUAUGGCACAAUAACAAACUGAACACAACAUUAACAGAUAUGAUGAUAAUGAUGAUGAUGAUGAUGAUAAUGAUGAUGUUUGUAACUAUGCACAUAUGAUGAUGAUGAUG